AAUUAUUGUUUCAUUUCCAAAUGCAGGAACAUAUACCUGUAACACAGCUUGUACGAGAGACUGCUGCUGUCAUGCAGGAGUUCACACAGUCAGGUGGUGUGAGACCAUUUGGAGUAUCACUGUUGAUUGCUGGGUAUGAUGACAAUGGCCCGCAGUUGUAUCAGGUUGAUCCCUCAGGAUCAUACUUCUCCUGGAAGGCAUCAGCCAUGGGAAAAAAUGUGUCCAAUGCAAAGACGUUUCUUGAAAAGAGAUACACAGAAGAUAUGGAGCUUGAUGAUGCCAUCCACACUGCAAUUUUGACUUUGAAAGAAGGAUAUGAGGGGCAAAUUUCCUCCAACAACAUUGAAAUCGGAAUUAUUCGAGCUGAUCGUGAGUUCAAAGUUUUAAGCCCAGCAGAGAUCAAGGAUUUCUUGGAAGAGGUGGAGUAAGCUGUCUGUUGAUGAUACUAGUUCGGACAACAAUAGCAGUGUCACUUAUGAGCAGCCAACCUGAAGAUUGUCUUGGUUUUAUUACUCUGUAAACUGAUUUGCUCCAGCGCCAUGUGGUGGUUACAUUUGAACCCUCCUCAACGCAUACUGUAGACAAUGAGAUAACGUAGGAUGGAUGAUGUAUUUGACAUACUUUGCAACUUGUUUAUGUGAUGCACGUUCUUGCGGACAGUA